GGUUUCGCGCAGUCGACGUUCGCGCGCUCGUCAAAGAUGUCACGAUCGGCCACGAUCAUCGGGUUCUGCGUGCUCCUGUUGGCGCUGGAGUCCUGCGCCAUUUCCGGUCGUCGCGUUUCGGAACUGUUCAAGACACGCAUCGACAAUCGAGUCCUGUGGCGGCAUCACCGUCUACGGCAGCUGCGUGAGUUGACGACCCUCGGCGGACCCACGUCCCAGUCCAAGUCCGCCCUCCCAGGCAAUGACGACCAACUGCAGAGCUUUGCAGAGUCCCAAAAUGGGACCACUUCUGGCAGCAGCAAGCAGAGUGCGGAGGAGUCAGAGUCGGCAGAAUAUCCCGAAAUGGUGCUAAGUGAAAGUGAUCUGGCCGAGGCCGGCGUUGGACAGCACCGGUUGAUCAUGAACCGGCGCGAGAUAUACGAGCAGAACAUCGUGUUUCGGUUCUAUCAUGGCGGGCAGCUGACCAAAACGACAUCCCUCAACCAGAAAACUGCCUUGAUUUCCGACUCCCAGUGCACACCGGGUGAAAAGUACGCCAUAAUAGUUCACGGAUGGCACGAGAACUGCUACGAAACGCCCUGGAUAACGGAACUGGAGAAGAACCUGAACACGUUCCGCGGAGGCUGCAUCAUCUGCAUGGACUAUUCGAUCUUCUCCAACAACGGGUACACGUAUCUGUUCCGACGAUUCAACGAUAUCAGUGAGGUUCUGCUCAAGUUCAUGAGGACGAUGCAGUACGAGGGCAUGAUGUUUGAGAAUUUGUACAUGUUUGGGUUCAGUUUCGGGGGGCAGUUGGUGUUGGACGCGGGCAACCAAAUUGGGUCCAGUAUGAUUGAGGCGAUUGACACGUGUGACAUGGCCGGGCCAGGAUUCGACCAGGAUCGAUUCUUCAAGAAUGUCAACUUUAGGUACGCGGCCAAAAAUGUUCAGUGUAUUCACACGAGUACAGACAAAGGGACCAAGUUGAUGAACAAAUGCCACCAGGAUUGGCGAAUGGGACUGUGUGGCUUUAAGCAGCCUGCGGCGGGGAAACCGCCCUUUGGAUCUCACGGACUUUGCCCGAUUUUUUACAAUUUGGCGUUUACGGUGGACUUCCUUGCCGAAUCCAAACCAUCGGAGUGUAAUUUGCUGAGGGAUCCCUUUGCAGCAUACCCGAUUGGGUACAAGAUGGGCUACACGGAGAAUCGUAAAGCGACCGUUCGAGGAGAGUUGUAUGCGCAGACGACGAACCAGUAUCCUUACAACAUGUUCCAUAACUUGUAGAGCGUAUCGAAAGUUGUUGACGGUACCAGUGAAAGUGUGCACAAUGUGAUAUAUUAAAU